AUGACCCUCAGGAGACUCUGCCAGUCCUUGCUGCUCCAGGGGGCUUGGAGGACCACCUUCCUGACACACAGUUGGAGCAGGCCCUGGGGGGCCCGGCGGUGGGUGCACUCCCGAGGAGGCAGCACCUACAGAGCAGUGAUUUUUGACAUGGGUGGUGUUCUCAUUCCUUCCCCAGGCAAGGUGGCUGCAGAGUGGGAGGCCAGGAACCACAUUCCUUCUGGAACAAUACUGAAGGCCCUGGUUGCAGGGGGUGACAGUGGACCCUGGUUAACAUUUAUGAGAGGAGAGAUAACGCUGGAUAAUUUUCUGCAAGAAUUUGGGCGACUGUGCUCUGACAUGGCCAAGACUGUGGUGCCCGUGGACGCGUUUUUCUCUCUGUUGACCAGUGAGCAGGUCACCAAACAGUUCCCGGUGAUGACUGAAGCCAUAGCGCAGAUCCGGACAAGAGGCCUGCAGACUGCAGUCUUGAGCAAUAACUUCCGUCUUUCCAGUGGGAACAGCUUUCUGCCCCUGGACCGGAAGCAGUUUGACGUGGUCGUGGAGUCUUGCCUGGAAGGCAUCUGUAAGCCUGACCCCAGGAUCUACAAGCUGUGCUUGGAGCGGCUGGGUGUACAGCCCUCUGAAACCAUCUUCCUGGACGAUCUUGGACUGAAUCUCAAGGCAGCUGCCAGUCUGGGGAUUCACACUGUGAAGGUUAGUGACCCAGAAACUGCCAUCAAGGAAUUAGAAGCCCUUUUGGGCUUUACGCUGAGAGCUGUUCCAAACACUUGCUCUGUGAGAACAAGAAUGGAAAUUCCCAAAGACUCCUUGGAGAAGUAUCUCAGAGGCUUACUGGGGACCCAGACCACAGGUCACUUGGAACUCCUCCAAUUUGAUCACGGACAGUCAAACCCGACUUACUACAUCCGAUUGGCCGACCGCCAGCUGGUUCUGAGGAAGAAACCCCCGGGGAAGCUCCUUCCGUCUGCCCAUGCAGUGGAGAGGGAAUUCAGGAUAAUGAAAGCUCUCUCCAGUGCUGGAGUUCCUGUCCCCAAAGUCCUUGACCUCUGUGAAGAUUCAAGCAUCAUCGGCACUCCCUUCUAUCUGAUGGAGUACUGUCCGGGCAUCAUCUACAAAGACCCCUCUCUGCCUGGCUUGGAGCCUAGCCACAGGCGGGCCGUGUACACUGCCAUGAACAGAGUCUUGUGUCAGAUUCACAGUGUGGACAUCACAGCUGCCGGCCUAGGGGACUAUGGGAAGCAAGGGGACUAUAUUCCACGGCAGGUGCAGACCUGGAUCAAGCAGUACCGGGCCUCGGAGACCAGCACCGUGCCGGCCAUGGAGAGGCUCAUUGAGUGGCUCCCGAGUCACCUGCCGCGGGAGCAGAGGAGCACCGUGGUGCACGGGGACUUCAGGCUCGACAACCUCAUUUUCCACCCCGAGAAGCCAGAGGUGAAGGCCGUCCUGGACUGGGAGCUGUCCACCCUGGGUGACCCACUGGCGGAUGUGGCCUACAGCUGCCUGGCUCACUACCUGCCGUCAGAUUUCCCAGUGCUUCGAGGUUUGCGGGACUGCGACCCGACUCAGCUGGGGAUCCCCACUGCCGAGGAGUGUUUCACAGCGUACUGUCUCCACAUGGGGACCCCGGCCGUCACCAACUGGAACUUCUACAUGGCAUUCUCUUUCUUUCGCGUUGCUGCUAUCCUCCAGGGGGUCUACAAGCGUGCACUCACAGGACAAGCCAGCUCGGCGAGUGCAGAGCAAAGCGGGAGGCUGGUGGAGUUCAUGGCUAACCUGGCGUGGGACUUUGCCAUCAAAGAAGGGUUCCGGGUUUUCAAGCAGACACCAACCACAAAGCCGUCGUCCAGGUCCUUUCACACCCAGGCCAGGCCUCGGACCCUGCCAAACAUCACAGGCGCCAGGCACUACUCCUCCUUUCCAGAGCCUUCCCCCACUCCUGCCUCACUGGGAGCUCUGGUCAUCUCCCCUGAGGGCCUGCCUGCACCGGUCAGAGAGCUGUACCGCCGUCUGAAGGGGUUCAUGGAGCAGCAUGUGUACCCCAUGGAGCAAGUGCUGCGGGACCACCAGGUCUCAGCAGGCCGCUGGACACCCUCCCCUCUGAUAGAGGGGCUCAAGGAGAAGGCCAAGGCUGAAGGACUCUGGAACCUUUUCCUUCCCGUGGAGACCGAUCCUGAGAAGAAGUACGGGGCUGGCCUGACCAACGUGCAGUACGCGCACUUGUGCGAGCUCAUGGGCUCCUCGGUGUACGCUCCAGAGAUCUUCAACUGCUCCGCUCCAGACACGGGGAAUAUGGAAGUUCUUGUGCGAUACGGCACCGAGGAGCAGAAGGCCCGCUGGCUGGUGCCGCUGCUGGAGGGCAGGAUCCGCUCCUGCUUCGCCAUGACAGAGCCCAAGGUUGCCUCAUCAGAUGCCACCAACAUCGAGUCGUCCAUCAGAGAGGAGGACGGCCACUAUGUCAUAAAUGGUCACAAGUGGUGGAUCUCAGGCAUCCUGGAUCCUCGCUGCCAGCUCUGUGUGUUCAUGGGGAAAACAGACCCAGAGGCCCCACGCCACCGGCAGCAGUCAGUGGUCCUGGUCCCCAUGGAGACCCCAGGCAUCAAAGUCGUCCGGCCCCUGACGGUGUAUGGUCUAGAGGACGCACCAGGUGGUCAUGGUGAAGUCCUGUUCGAGGACGUGCGCGUGCCCAAGGAGAACAUGGUGCUGGGCCCUGGCCGGGGUUUUGAGAUCGCACAGGGCCGGCUGGGUCCUGGCAGGAUUCACCAUUGCAUGAGACUGGUCGGGUUCUCUGAGAGAGCCCUGGAGCUCAUGAAGGCCCGAGUGCAGUCCCGUGUGGCCUUUGGGAAGCCGCUGGUGGAACAGGGCACACUCCUGGCAGACAUCGCCCAGUCGAGGGUGGAGAUCGAGCAGGCCCGCCUCCUGGUGCUCAAGGCUGCCCACCUCAUGGACAUGACCGGAAACAAGGCCGCAGCCCUGGACAUCGCCAUGAUUAAAAUGGUGGCCCCUUCCAUGGCCUGCCGUGUGAUCGACCGAGCGGUCCAGGCCUUCGGAGCCGCAGGGCUGAGCAGCGACUACCCCCUGGCUCAGUUCUUCUCCUGGGCCCGGGCGCUACGCUUAGCUGAUGGCCCCGACGAGGUGCACCAAGCCGCCGUGGCCAAGAUGGAGCUCAAGUCCCGGGCCUAG